AAUAAAAUGAAAUAUUAUUUUGAAAAAUAAAAACAAUCACCUAGAAUAAAUAUAUACCUAUUUCUUUUUUUAAUUGAAAUUUUUAACGAAAUAAUCAAAAUGGCAGAUACUUCAAGUCCCACUGAGCCUGAUAUAAAUGAAUUACAAAAGGAAAUAAUUCAAUCUAUCGAAUAUUUUGCUCAAAUUAAUAGGAUUAGAGUCGAGGAUAAUAAUUUUAUUCAGGAGAAAAUUAAUCAAAUUUCUGAACAAAGAGUGAUAUUUCUAAAUUUUGUUGAAGAAUCCAUAUCUCAAAGUCUAAAAAUGUGCUAUCAUGCUAAAAAUUUAAUUGUAUUUGCCGAAUGGUGUGAAAAUGAUGGUACUAAUAAGGAGGAUCUGUUGGAAUACUUAAGAUCACUAUUGGGCGAUUCUAAGUUGCAUAAAUCAGAAGCUACAUUAUUAAAGAAACAAAUUGAAAAUAUUAAAAAUUCUUUAGGCGGAAUUGCUAGAGAAAUUUCAGAAUAUAAUGACAAAAUUACCAAAGAACGAAAAGAUUUAUCCGAUGGCAUUAAUAAGGCAAAUAAACUAACAGAUGAUGCAAAAUCAAUUGCAAAACGUGUAACCGGAAUUGGGCUUAUUGCUGCAGUUUUGGCAGCUCCGUUCACAGGGGGAGUAUCCUUGAUUGUCUCUGUUACCUUUGCAGUUGAAAAUCUUACCAUUAUUACGGCUACAAAUACAGUUUGUAAUGCAGUCGCUAGAUGGUCUGCUGCUGCCAGCAGCAAUCUAAAUUACAAAUUACAAGGCGUUAGAGAAGAAUUCUCACAAUACCUACGGGUGAUGCAUAAUGGUCUUGAUAAUAUUAUUAACAUUAUCUCUCAUUGUGAAUUCUAUUGGGAAAGACAAAUUGUUGAAAUUGAAGAUAUUAUCAUAAAGUUAGAACGUGGCGAACAACGAAUGAAUAAACUUAUAUCUAGGAAUGUUUUAGCCAAGGCAAAGAAAACUCGCGCGAAUUCUGAAGGUUACAGUUUCAACAUGCGACAAGCUAUAAAUAGAGAUUGAUACUAGCAUGACGCGAUGUUGGAAAAAGGAUAUAAAUAAAGAAAAUAAUAUACUGUAUCGUUCAUUAAAAUAGGAACUUUACAGUAUUUCAGAAAGUGAACCUAUUGAAUUUAUUGAUUUGUAUAAUUAUAAUUAUGAUAAAUUACUAAGAAUUUUAAAACUAUUUAAGUAAAUUACGAAUUUUGUGAUAAAAAAUUUCAUUAUUUUUUUUUCUUCUUACAAAUAUCUGAGUAUUACCAACAAAUAUUCUAUCCACACGAUUUUUAGCAUGUGACAAAUGAGAAAAACAUUCAUAGUCCCAAUAUGACAUGUGGUCAUUAAGAU